UCGAUAUCUAAGUUCGACAAAGCAAACAUCAACUAGUGAUGCCUGGGUUGCCAUGCUGAGCGAAUGAAACAUGGACGCAUUCGACUUAUUUCGGAAGCUUGGAGCAGGAGCGAAAUUUGACUUUAAAAGGUUUGGGAAAGAUGCCGAAAGGUUUAAGGUGUUGAGACCUCAGAGUAACAAUGGAGGUGGCUCUGGUGAUCCCCUGGCAGAAAUUGACUACUUUGGUACAGGGAAGCAGGAGGAGAGGUUUCAGCUCGGCGAAGAUACCAGGGAGAGCGAGGAAGAGACUUCUGAUGCUGAGGAAGAACAGACAUGUUACACUAGCAAAAGGAAAAGAGGAGUGCAGGAAAAAUCAGUGAAGAGCAAGAAAAAUAAAAGCGGAAAAAAACAAACGCAAGACGCAGCUGCCCUGGACGUUAGUGCCCAGGACGGCGAAGCAGCCAAUGAGGGAGUACGAUGGAUGUCUUCCCUGGAGAAAACUGUGGAAGAGACAAGGAACGAGGGCAAGGGCAAGGGCAAGCUGUCCCAGAAAAGGCUGAAGCACCUUCACCAGGAGAAGAUCAAUCGUGUCCGGCAUCAGAACCGGAUCAACGUCCAUGGCACAGACCUCCCCGACCCGGUGUCGACCUUCGAGGAGCUCCAGGAGGAGUACCGGCUGGACCCGCGGAUCAUCCAGAACAUCCGAGCAGCCGGCUUCCAGACCCCCACACCCAUCCAAAUGCAGGCCAUCCCCCUCAUGCUACAUCGGCGGGAGAUUCUGGCCUGUGCUCCGACAGGCUCAGGGAAGACCAUGGCGUUCUGCCUGCCCCUCCUCGCACACCUGAAGAAGCCCGUAAACAAGGGCUUCCGAGCGCUCAUCAUCUCCCCCACCAGGGAGCUCGCCAGUCAGACUCACAGAGAGUUGCUGAAGUUAUCAGAGGGUGUGGGAUUCAGAGUACAUAUUAUAGACAAAGGCUCUGAUGCUGUCAAAAAGUUUGGUCCCAAGUCUGCCAAGAAAUUCGACAUCCUGGUGACCACACCUAACAGAUUGAUAUAUCUGCUGAACCAAGACCCUCCUGCAGUGGACCUGAGCAGUGUGGAGUGGCUGGUGGUGGACGAGUCGGACAAGCUGUUUGAGGACGGCAAGAAGGGCUUCCGGGAGCAGCUGGCCACCAUCUUCCUUGCCUGCUCCUCCCCCCAGGUCCGCAGGGCCCUCUUCAGUGCCACCUUCGCCCUGGACGUGGAGCAGUGGUGCCGCCUCAACCUAGACAACCUGGUCUCCGUCAACAUCGGACAGAGGAACACUGCGGCCGACUCCGUGGAGCAGGAGCUCCUGUUUGUGGGCACGGAGAACGGGAAGCUUCUGGCCAUGAGGGACCUGAUCAAAAAGGGCUUCCUGCCUCCAGUGCUGGUGUUUGUGCAGUCCAUUGACCGCGCUCGAGAGCUGUUUCAUGAGCUGGUGUACGAGGGCAUCAACGUGGACAUCAUACACGCAGACCGUACUCAGCAACAGAGAGAUAACGUGGUGAGCAGUUUCCGCUCUGGAAAAAUCUGGGUGCUGAUUUGCACAGCCCUGCUCGCCCGAGGAAUCGACUUUAAAGGGGUCAACCUGGUCAUCAACUACGACUUCCCCACCAGUGCUGUGGAGUACAUUCACCGCAUUGGGAGGACGGGGAGAGCAGGACACAAGGGGAAGGCCCUCACCUUCUUCACCGAGGACGACAAGCCUCUGCUGCGCAGCAUUGCCAACGUCAUUAAACAGGCUGGCUGUCCAGUGCCUGACUACAUGAUAGGUUUCAAGAAAAUUCACAGCAAAGUGAAGAGGCAGCUACAGAAAAAACCUCCCAGAAGGAGCACCAUCCGCACCACCCCCCGCUUCCUCCUGAAGAAGGGUCACGGGAAGAGAAAAAGGAAUACAGCAAAGAAAACAGAGCCGUCGGACGGCGGACAGGCGGGUGCUGAGACCGCCUCGGGCUGAGGGACUGGGACCGAGACUGGCCAUGAGAGCAGUGCGGAUCAGUGGGUGAUAACCACGCUAUUGACUGGGACGAGGACUGAAUUUCAGUAUUCCACAGAGUUUGGCCUCCAGACUCAUUUUAGCUUUGUCGAGCCUUUGUAUUUUUAUUAAAACCCAAAAACCAAUAAAUUCCUCCAAUAAGUUCUCUCA